UGUUUGUUGUUUAGACAAUAUGGCUCGUCUCAUGUGGUUUGUGGUAGCUGUGGUACUUGUAGUUGGUUUAGAGAGUAGUGAUGCAGCACUUCGCGUAGCAAGAUCACCACAAUUCGGAGUGUUUGGUGUCGGAGGUGUAAUUGGCGGAAUCUCACCGUACCCUGGAGGUUACGGCCCUGGCUACGGCCCUGGCUACGGUUACGGAGGCCCUGGGUUUGGACACCACCAUCAUCACCACUUUAGAUAUGGAUACCCCGGCUUUGGGGGCCCCGGUUAUGGUGGGCCCGGCUUCGGUGGACCCGGCUUCGGUGGGCCCGGCUACGGUGGGCCUGGUUACGGUGGUUAUGGAUACGGUGGUAAUCCAGGAUUAAGUAUAUCCAAAAGUGAAUCAAUUAGUUUUGGAAAUGGAGGUGCUGCUCAGUCCAGUGCCAGUUCAAAUGCUGGUGGUUUCGGAAAAUGAUAAUUUUUGUGAAUGAUUAAAUUGUUCUGUGAUCGCUUUUGUUAAUAAUAAAUUAUUGUGUAUUACGA